AUUUUUUAUUUGUUCACAUCAAAAAUAAAGUUAAUAAAAAACAUAUUAGUAAGUUUUAACUGAUGACACUUAAAUUGGAUUGGUCGAACAAACCGUUGGGGUGUGUGUGUGUUGUGUGUGUGUAUGUAUUCUUUUUGCAAUGUAUACGUGCCACUCUUGUCAAACGGAUGGGCAAAAGUGCAAAAUAAAUAGCUAUGGAUGGAAGUCAGAAAACAAGUGAUUCACAAUUUAUUUCGUUUCAAGAUUUUCCUUCAAUAAAUCAUGAAGGAAAUAUUGGUCAAGCUCAGUUGGACGUCAAUGCCUCCAGUCAUCAAGGUUUUAAUAACCUCUCAAAUGAUCCCACAGGAAUGGAUAUUAUUGAAGAUCUACAAGGAAUGCCCGAUAAAAAUGAAGCUGCAUCGCAUAGUUUCUGGACAAUAGAAUAUUAUCAAAAAUUUUUCAAUGUAAAGACAAACGACGUGGUGGAAAGAAUCAAAAGAUCCAUGUUUCCACAUAGCACUGAUAAUUACUUGAUAUCUCAUAUCAAACCAAAUCCAGAUCUUUAUGGUCCAUUUUGGAUUUGUGUUACGCUAAUAUUUUCUAUAGCCAUUAGUGGAAAUCUGGCCAAUUAUUUGCAAACAGCUAAUUCAAGCAAAUACCAUUGGAGAUACGAAUUUCACAUUGUAUCGUAUGCUGCCACAUGUAUAUUUUUGUAUGCAUGGCUAUUACCUCUCAUGUUGUGGGGUGCAUUAAAGUGGACCACUAGUUCAAGGAACACAGAAGAAGAAUUAAUCGAGUCUUAUGCAACACCUGGACUUUUGGAGCUUUUAUGCCUUUAUGGAUACUCUUUAGCUAUUUAUAUCCCAGUAACUUUUCUAUGGACAAUUCAAAUCGAGUGGCUACAAUGGAGCUUAGUUGCAAUAGCAACUUUCUUAUCUGGAGGAGUAUUAUUGAGAUCAUUGUUACCUCUAAUAUCAGGAAGAUAUAGGAUAAUAUAUAUUGUAAUAGUCCUUGGGAUGCAUCUUCUACUGGCAAUAGGAUUUAUGCGAUACUUCUUUCAUAUACCAUCAAAGUCAUUUCCUGUAGAACAUGUAAAAUCGACCAUGCAAAUGGAAGUAAUGAAGAAUAGUUCACAUAAUACUUCUGGCUAAUGAUGUUUCUGUUUAUUCAGUCAUAAUGGAUUUGUACGCAUUUAUACUUUAAAACGAACUGUUGGUAAACGCAUUUGUUCUGAUAGACAAUGAGUGAUGAAAUGGAAUGAUACGGUUCGCACAUAUUUGUUGACUGUUAAUUCUGUCUUCGUGCAAGUAGAUGUAAUAUUUAUACUAUACCUACGAACGAAAAAUAAAUGAAUAUAACUGAAACUUGUCACAUUUGAGGCACUAGUGUUUAUUAAAAACAUUUCAGUCGACUUAUAUCAAGUAUAUAUAAUAUUCCUGUGUGUCAGGGCAAUAUAGAAGGCCAACAAAGUGUCUGGUUGAUUUAUUUUCACAGCCCCCAUUUUAACAUAGGGACGCGUUACAUAUCAACGCAACACAUAUCAUUUACAAUCAUACGAACCUCCAUAUUGUACACAGUAAUUGUUAUUAGUACUCAUAAUACAAUAGAUAGUAUUUAUAGUUAUUAGUCGUCGUUAAUACAAUCAUAUGUAAUUCAUUAAGUUUUCCCUUAUGUUUUUUGUUUAUGAUUAACCAAUGUGAUAAAAGGCAACAUUCACUUUGUAGUAGUAUCGUUAUAUUAUUAUCAUCGAUCUAUCAAUAUAUACCAUGAUAGUAAUAAUUUGCUUGUUAUUACACAAACAAUGCAACAUUGACGUAAUGACGGAUAACUUUCCAAUUGUUUUACCGUGACUUUGCUGGAGUUUGACGACGUUUUAUUUUCACCGUAGAAAAAACGGUUUACGCGAUCCUUGCUGGUGCCAUUAUCGAAAAGAAACGAAUAGUGCGUUUGAAAAGUAGCUACUUUUGCUAAGAAUGUUCACUUUCUCUAGGAACGACACGUCGUCAUUUCGCGUUUCAAUCUAGUCGCAAGUUAGUAAAACUGUUCCUCUGUUUCUUUCUCGUUUUCAAAAAGUUACCAACACGAUGAUCUUGUAAAAGUCCAUUAAGCGAUUCGCAAGAGAUAACACGAUAGUAAAAUUUAGCAAAUAUCUCGAGGUCUACGAAAGUCUUCCGUUUUGCAAGCCUUGUCGAUGUGAGCGUCGCGUGUACAAAAUACAAAAAAGACAGUUCGAGCAGAGCUUGACUUCUCCUUAGAGAGAAGUGAAGCAUCUCUCGUAGCCUGUAUUCUCGUCUACUUUGGAUUUGUCCGACUGUAUUAAAACAUUAGAGUCACGAUAAAUGGUAUUCGAUGAUUACUGACUCAUUGAUACGAAGUUGACUCAUUGAUUCAAGUGACCCGAUCGCAAUGAAAUUCCUCGACGAGUAAUAACACAGUAGAUUCUUUAAACGAGAUUUAAAUCGAUGUGUACCUCCUACGUAAGGAAGAUAGGCUCAAUAAUUACGGAACAUGCCACGCACUCAAUGGAUUUGUCUUAAUGUUGUAAAACGAUAAACAUUUUUUUAUUGGGUCGAUUCUCCUCGCUUGGACAAUUGGUAUUCUUCGAUACAAGCUACAAGAAUUUCUGUUCGAGCGUUUAAACUCAGCGUUUCGACGACCACAAAACCGGCGAAACAGCAAUCUACAAUUUACAGCUAGUGCUCACAACGACUUGGUCCAACGUGUUUACAAGAUAAUUACAGUCAAAGUUUGCGAAUAGGCAGGAGCAAUAAUAACGAGUAAUAAACCUACGACAGUCUACUUAGUGUUGCCUGUUUUUUUUUUCUUUCUUUUCUUGAUUUUUCUCUCAACACGUUACACGCAACGCUACUUUGUUUCAUUUAUUUCGUUCACCGUUCUUCUUUUAAAUUAUUCCGAUUCUCGAUACGUUUACACGAACAAGGCUGGCAUGUUAAACGAAUCGAGAAACGUAUGUAUUACCAUUAUUUACAAUAAAUGUGUAUCGCCAGCCAUAUCUAUCAUUAUUAUUAUUGUUAUUAUUAU